AUGCCUGCACAUCUAACCGAGUCUCCCGACCGAAAUGUCGCGGCUAUUGGGCCUUUAACAGGGAGUGAUAGUUAUGCAACUUGGAAGCAUCUUAUGACCUCCUACUUAAAGGCAAGACAAGUCUGGGAUGUCGUGUCCGGAGAUCUCCAACGCCCUAACUGCCUUUUUAAAUACGCAAAGCCGAUUACGGCCGACAUUGUUCCACUGGUUGAUGAACGCCUUAUUGGAGCCCCAAGACAGAAGGCUAUCGAAGCUCGUCUAGAAGCUGAAGUCCAGGCUUUUGAGCGACAUCAGGAAUGGUCCAAACGUGAGGCUGAAGCCUAUCACACAAUCUUUCGAUAUCUUUCCGUCGAAAUCAGUGUUCAUGUUGCAGGGCUAGAAACAUCUCGAGAUCUCUGGAACGACCUUGAAGAGCGAUAUAGACGAAUGGAGCUAGCUACAUUCUGCGAACUUUUCGCCCAGCUCAAAGAAACGACUGGAUCUAGCUGCACUAGUAUACGUGAAUUCGUUGAUCGAGUCCGAUUGCUAGUACAUCGCUUAAAUGCGAUCAUGCCAGGGUCAAUUGGGGAUCACGCACACGUUGCAAUCCUCUUAACUCAGAUCGGACCGGAAUAUGCGCUGAUAGUUGAUGCCAUCCAAAAUGACAAGGAUCCGGCCAAUCCCGCCAUGAUUGGGAAUCGCCUUGCAAAUGCUGAACGGACAGUUUCAGCAAAGAAUUCUCCAACUCCUCCGCGCGGAGCACCGUCAGUUAACACAGUGAAGGCGUCUGUCAAGAAAUGCAAUUACUGCAAGAAACGAGGCCAUGAAGUCUCGAAAUGCUGGAAAAAGAACCCGCAUUUGCGCCCUAAGCGGGACAACGGUGUCAAAACAGAAAGGAGUGUUUCUGGCUCACCACAAAAUGAAUCACAUCAAGGCCAGGCAGAAGAACGGCAGGGCCCGCCGACUUCUUACAAGAGACCAAGGAUCAAUAUUGUGAGGGCGAGAGUGACGAUACAACUCAAGCUGCUACAGCUGCACGCCUUGCUCGGCGGAAUGCCUCCCGACGCCAUGCAAGAAUCACUGGUAUUAUAUCUCCUAGUCAAGUCAAGGAAAUAA